AUUCUUUUCUCCUUUUAGUAUUUCUUCUGCUUUGUCUAUGAUUUUACUGGGUUCAAAAGGGGACACUGAAGCCCAGAUAGCAAAGGUAUGUAUCCAAACGUAAUGUAUUGGAUUUGAUGCAUAUAUCAUCUACUUAAUGAUAUAUGAACUACAGAUCUGAGAUCUGUAUUACAGUCUGUGACCUCUAAUUGCUGAAUUGUUACAGUCAUUCUGGCCUCAGAGGUCAGAAGUCUUCCUUAGGUAUGUACAUAAGCAGAACCUAUUUCUAUUGAGUUUAUGUAUAGGACUUACUGCAGUGUGAAAUUAAGAGAUUCCUGUUUUUUGGGGUGUGUGUGGGUUUUUGUUUGUGAUACGGAGAUCUUCCUUUUAUAUGUCAUUAACAGGCACCUGGAAUUUCUUUUUUUUUACUUACGUAUUUGUAUUUUUAGAGCUAGAGAUGAAUCUCCAGUUACAUAAAAUAAUUUACUCUGUAAUCUUUUUGGGCUUAAUAUCAGACUUUGCAUAGUUCAAAAAUGUAGCCAGAUAAUCAAGGGAAAAAAAAUCCAACAUACAAGCAUGUCAUGUUAAACAGUCCCAGAUUUUAGGAAACAAACAAAAAAAUGAUCAGUUGCUUGUUCAGUGUAAUAGCUUUCGUUUUCACAACCUGUAAUCUCAAUCCUGGAACAUCCAGAAGAAAGAAGUGAUACAGGGCUAAGAACAUAGCUCUGAAGUUCCAGAGAAUACCCCAGCAAAGAUUCAAUGGGGCAAAGCUGCGUGGCCAAUGAAGAGUAAAAUUCAUAAUGUAAACUUGCAAUUAAAUUACCAGGAGAGCAGUUAGGGAGUGCAGUGGUGGGCCUGUUGUGUGACAGUAGGGUCAAAUCUAUCAUUAACUGCAGUGCAGUUUAUUCUACGUUCACUAAGGUGCGUGCCUGCCUCUCUCUUUCUGGUAUUGUAAUUUGGAGUAGAUCAUCAAUACUUUUUCAUUUGUAGCUAUGGUAGUAGUGAUGAGGCUGAAUGAGGAUGAAGCUGAGGUGUUGUUUUAAUGGGAAUUUAAAUAUUUGCUUGCGUUGACAUCGGCUCCAGCAGCCUAUUUCCUGUUAUCGCUUGAAGGAUCGGGUUUGCAUCUAAGGUAUUAAAUAAGAUGCUUUGGUGCUAUUAUAAUCAGUGUGAAAAAUUAUGGAAAGUUGUUUUUUUUUUUAAUUUAAUCUUCAGGCUCCUUUGUUUCUGGAUUUUAACAGUUUUGCUAGGUUUUAUAGGGUGGAGAUUAUAAAUCCUCAGUUCUCUAAGAAGUACUGUGUACAGCAUUAAGAAAAGGGCAGAAUGCGUCUGCACUCAGACUUCUUUGGAGGCUGGAUGGGUUCCUUAGAAAGCAGGGAGAUAAACCAGGUGCUUUCUUUGAACAAAGCUGAGGAUGCUCACAAUGGGUAUCAGUCACUUCUCUCUGAAAUUAACAACCCUGACACCAAAUACAUCCUCAGAACUGCUAACCGACUUUAUGGAGAAAAGACAUUUGAGUUUCUCUCAUCAUUUAUAGAAUCGAGUCAGAAAUUCUACCAUGCUGGGCUAGAACAGACUGACUUCAAAAAUGCUUCAGAGGAUUCCAGAAAGCAAAUAAAUGGCUGGGUGGAAGAGAAGACUGAAGGUAAAAUUCAAAAAUUGUUGGCAGAGGGAAUUAUUAACUCAAUGACCAAACUUGUGUUGGUGAAUGCCAUCUACUUCAAAGGCAACUGGGAAGAGAAGUUUGACAAAGAGCGCACAAAAGAAAUGCCAUUUAAAAUUAACAAGAAUGAAACCAAACCUGUGCAGAUGAUGUUCAGAAAAGGUAAAUACAACAUGACCUAUAUUGGAGACUUGGAGACCAAAAUCCUUGAGAUCCCUUACAUUGGUAAUGAACUCAGUAUGAUCGUUCUACUCCCUGAUGCAAUCCAGGAUGAAUCUACUGGCUUGGAAAAGCUGGAAAGAGAACUUACAUAUGAGAAGCUGAUGGAUUGGAUCAAUCCUGAAAUGAUGGACAGUACAGAAGUGAGGCUGUCUUUACCCAGAUUUAAACUGGAAGAAAAUUAUGAUCUGAAACCCAUCCUGAGCAACAUGGGAAUGCGUGAUGCGUUUGACUUACGGAUGGCGAACUUCUCAGGAAUCUCCUCUGGUAACGAGCUUGUGCUCUCUGAAGUGGUUCACAAGUCCUUCGUGGAGGUCAACGAAGAAGGCACUGAAGCAGCAGCUGCUACAGCAGGAGUGAUGGUGCUCCGUUGUGCUAUGAUCGUUCCCGACUUCACUGCCGAUCAUCCCUUCCUCUUCUUCAUCCGGCACAACAAAACUUCCAGUAUUUUGUUCUGUGGCAGAUAUUGCUCUCCCUAAGAAGAGAGACAGAAGAGCUACCAUUAACGCAGUAAUGUGAUUUCUUUUAGGAUAGAACUGCUCUUUUGCACUAACUGCUUAUUUCCACUGUGCCUGAAUCCCCUUAUCUGGUUGUCAUUUUGGGCUUGCGUAGAGUAACAAAGCCACAUACACAGCAGCUACCACUUGAAACAGCUGCCUUAUGCUUUGCACCUAAGUGGAGUUGUUUUCUUGCUGGCACAAGAAAGAUGAACAUCCCACUUGCUCAGUGAACUUCCACCUGUCUUAUAUUUUCUAUUGCAUUUUGCCUUUUGUGGCCACCAGGUAGCAAGGUGACAUAGAAAAAAGAGGUGGAUUUUAUUUCUGACUAUAGUGGAAGAUAUCUUAUGCUCUGCUCCCCAUUUUUCUUUCUUCCCACUUAUUUUUAACUUUUUCUUUAAUGUUUUGAUAAUAGAGGGAGAUGAAAGGAGGCUUUGGCGACCUAUUUGUAAGAGUUACUAAGCAUCUGCACUAGACAGAGGUUUUAUUAUAACUGGAUAGCACUUACACAAGGAUGGGAAUAAAAGUAUGUCUGUAACAAAUGACCUUACAGGUUUUCAUGGAGUACGGAUUCUUAUCUUAACACCACAUGUGCCACCUGGGAAUAUUAGCUAUCACUCACCUACUUCAUUAGUCUUUUAAAAAAGAAUGUUUUUAAAAACAAACAAACAAAAAAAACCCAUAGAUGCCUAUGUGGUAUUUAAGUGACAGAGCUUUAUUUUUGUUUUUCAGUCUUUAUAUGUUUUUUUCCUAUUCUGGGUUUGUAAAGCAUCUUUGUUAAUCUGAAUGCCAAAGGUUUCUUAAUGCAGUGAUUUACGUGUUUUGCUGUUCUUGAAAGAAUAAACAAAUUUGUUGUGAGUGCUGUGGGCAUUGCCCAUAAA